UAUAUCCGUAACCAUAAGAACUCCUCGUCAGUUUAAUUUGCGUCCAAAAGUCUGCGGACUUAGUUUUCUCAGCCAAAACUGAGAAACCCAAGUUUGGUCGUCAAAACCCAACAACAACAAUUUCCCUUCAUCUUUUUUGGGUUGCAACAUGAAGACUCGGCAGAACUUCGUUUUGUUACUCACGGUUGUCGCAGCGGUUUUUAGCGUCGCCAAAGCUUGCUCCAACGGACAGUGCAAGCUUUUGGACGAAUGCUCGAUGGAUGCCGAUUGUGAAGCCGGGCUUUACUGCGGAUGUUGCCCACAAGGCUUCUCAGGCUCUAGAUGUAUAAGAUCAGCCAUUACAGAUCAAUUCAAGCUAUUGAACAAUUCUCUACCUUUCAACAAGUAUGCGUUUUUGACAACCCACAAUGCCUUUGCAAUUGAGGGAGAGCCAUCUCACACUGGAAUUCCUCGCGUUACCUUCAACAAUCAAGAAGAUACUGUUACUCAACAACUAAAUAAUGGAGUUCGAGCCUUGAUGCUCGAUACAUAUGAUUUUAAGGACGAUGUGUGGUUGUGCCAUUCUUUUAAUGGGCAAUGCCACGACUUUACUGCAUUUGAACCAGCUAUAGAUACACUGAAGGAAGUUGAAGCAUUUUUAUCAGCCAACCCAUCAGAAAUUGUGACAUUGAUAUUGGAGGACUAUGUGGAAGCUCCAAAUGGAUUGACAAACGUCUUCAACGCUUCCGGGUUGAAGAACUAUUGGUUUCCGGUGACAAGCAUGCCCAAAAAUGGCCAGGACUGGCCACUAGUUAGUGACAUGGUUGCCAAUAACCAGAGGCUACUUGUGUUUACUUCAAAAAGUGAGAAGGAACAAUCCGAAGGAAUCGCCUACCAGUGGAACUACAUGGUUGAAAACCAAUAUGGGGAUGAUGGAAUGAAGGAAGGAAGUUGUUCAAAUAGAGGAGAAUCAUCACCUCUUGAUGACAAAACUAAAUCUUUGGUUUUGGUGAAUUAUUUUGCUUCUAUUCCCUUUAAGCUAGAAAGUUGCGAAAAUAACUCUGGGAAUCUGAUUAACAUGCUUUACACUUGUCAUGGUGCUGCUGCCAACCGAUGGGCUAACUUUGUUGCUGUUGAUUUUUACAAGAGGAGUGAAGGGGGAGGAUCGUUUCAAGCUUUGGACAAUCUCAAUGGGGAGCUCUUGUGUGGAUGUAACGAUGUACAUGCAUGUGUGCCAGGAUCACCUCCAGGGUCUUGCCAGCCAUAGGAGACACAAUACAAAUUCAUGUAAUGAAGCUUAAAUCUUUAAGAGAACUGUGGGAAUUUCGAUGAAUCGGCAUACAGUUUGUAAUUGAUUUAUCUUUAGAAAAAAAAAUUAUUUAUAUUGAAAAUCGUUGUCGUUUCA